AUGGCCCUGCGCGUCCUCCGCUUGCCCGAGCUCGUGCGCGCGAUUGCAGACUUCCAGCAAGGCGUCCCGCUCGACGUCAAGCUUCUGCGCGCGCUCGUCAAGGGCGACGGCGACACCCGCAACGUCAAGACCGCGCUAGCGCCCUUCCACGCGUUCUUUGAGCCGUGGCUCGCCCAGCACACGCGCGCGACGGACCUGACGCCGCUCCUGCAGAGCGAUCCGAGCACGCGCUUCCGGCUCACGCAGUAUGCGAUCGCGUACUCGAACGUGCGGCUUCUGGAUAACCUUUGCGACCUCGACAUUAACGGCGACGACUGGAUCCUCGCCGCGCGCCUCGGCAACGUCGGCGUCUUGGCCUACUUUAUCGAGCGCAAGCAGCCAACGUACGUGCCGUUGGCCAUGGCGCACGCCCUGCGCACGGGCCAGGCGCCGGUGGUCGAGUAUUUGCACGGCCAAGGCGGCACGAUCCCGCCGUUCGCGUCCAGUGUCGCGUGCAACGGAGGCCACCUUGCGCUGGUCAAGCUCCUUCGCCACCUCGACGCCUGGCGCCCCGUGAACCCGAGCCUCGUGGCCAAGCAAGGGCAUCUCGAUGUCCUGAAGUACCUCCACGAGCAAGGCUGCGGUGGCUUUACCGCCGAGACGAUGGACGAGGCAGCAGCUGCGGGGCGCCUUGAGAUCGUCCGGGAUGCACGCCCAAUGCCCUCGCCGGUGCCACGAAAAACAGCACUGGGACGUCGUUCGCUACCGUCAACCGUCACCGGCCCGAGCGUCGUGCGGCUGGUGGCCGACUUUGCCAAGCCCAAGAGCUCUGCGCACCAACGAUCGGUGCACAGCCCGCCGACGCGGUAUGGUUCGCCGCGGGUGGAGGCGGCGACCGACGCCGAGGCCGUGGACUUUCGACGGAAUAACGGGUUUCCGCUCUGGACAGCGCACGUGCUCUUGACCGCGAUUCGCCAAGACCGACUCGACAUCGUCGCGUACGCCAACGAGCACAAGCUGGGCGUCUUCUCGACGGCGGCCAUGGACAACGCCGGUCGGUUCGGCUGCCUCGAGAUCUUCCGGUACCUGCACACGCACCGGCGCGAGGGCUGCACCAAGGCGGCGUGGACUGGCGCCGUCGCCAACGGCCAUCUCGGCGUUGUGCGGUACAUGGUCGAGAACGACUUUGCCGUUGUCGACUUGAAGGUCGGGCGGCAGCUUGCGAUAUCCAGCGGUCGCACGAGCCUCACGUCGUACAUCAAGUCGGUGGGGCCUGCACGGUCCUCAUGCGCUGUGCAGUAG